AUGGAUUCUGGAGACGAAGAGAAAGCGCUGCAGUUGAACUGUGGUCUGCACCGUCAAGCACCCUCAACAGCACCUGACACCAUCGUCCUUGGACUGUGGCCUUAUGCGACCGACGAACAGACGCGAUACUACGUACAGGGGUACGAAGCGUUGUAUCCUGAUGCACAACUGUUGUUGCUGCAGUACUCAACAUCUUACGACAAACAGCUUGGCGAUGCGUUAGAUGCUUUGACAGCAUCACAAGAGAAGCGAGCUCUCGAUGCGCCUCCGAAUGUCCUGUUGCACCUUUUCAGCGGCUGUGGUGCAGCCCAAGGUUGUCGUCUGUUACGAACAUACAAGAUACGGACCGGCCAACGUUUACCUGUUAAGGCCGUAGUCAUGGACUCACUUCCGGCAUUGAGGGUCCCAACGAUUCACUCGAUCAUGGCAUCGCCAUACUUGGUACUAUCAUUUCUCUACACACUUUUGACCAUGAUGUUUGUCCGCAUGAUAGCGACCCUCAACUACUUUCACUUCGAACAACGACGACGACAAAAUCGGCACGACCUUAACAACCCUUUCCUCAUCCCACCGGAUGCACGCAAGUGCUACAUCUUCGAAGAAAGGGACUUGAUGUUUUCGUGGCAUGACAGUACACAAGACCAGGCCGACGAAGAAUGCAUACGGGACGACAUCUCGGUUAAGCGCACUUCGAUAGACGAGAAGGGACGAUUGACUGGCGAUCAAACACGAUACUGGACGGGCAUCGACAAUGUCUGGAAUGGCUCGACGUGA